AUCAAAUGUAAAAAUAGCAUUCUGUAAUUUUGACAAUAGGAGUCCUGUUAUCGUUAUUGUAUUAUAUAAUGAUGAAUUAUUUAGAUUUAGUUCAAAAUUGGAUAUGAGUGAAGGUACUAUAAACAUUAGAUUAACAAUAUAAACAAUGUCAUGGAUAUUAAUAUCUUUGAUAUUGGUUGUUAUUUAACAUUUAUAUACUAGAAGAAAGAUUCCUUCGCAGCCUUAAUCAGAUAUAAUAUAAGAACAAAGUCAAGAUAUAGAUUCGCCCAUGCGACCAAGAAAGGAAGCUGCUUAAAUGGACGAACAAUUUACAUUAAGCAAAGGAGAUUCUUGUGCUGACAUGGGCGAAUCACUUAAAUUACGAACUACUCAAAGUUAAAAAGACUUUGAUGAAAUUUCUAUAACAUCUAGUUUAAGAAAGAGAUCUAAUUCUAUUGCAAGUGAUGGCUUGUAGAGAAAGGUCUCUUUUGAUGAAACUUAAAAUAAAAUUCAUACCUAUAAAAAAAACAAUAAGUUGGAAAUCAAAAAUUUUGAAUCCAGUUUUUAAGCUAUCAAAUAAGAUAAAAAGAAAAAAAAUGAACUCAUUAAAUAAAAGAGAAAAGAAGAAAAUUUCAAAAAAUUAAAUAUUAAUGAUAUCAAUAAGAAAGGAAGAAAAAGAAAAUCUUCCUUAGAUGAGAAUUUAUCCUAAUCCUCAUAUUGA